CCUCACUGACUCUUCCUCUCCUCCCCAGGCGGUUUCUACGACGUGGCAGAUGGUCCUAUGGAUGUGAUGAGCCACGAUGCAACAGACAUGGAGCAGGAAGCAAUGCCUGACAACGGCAGCGACUCCCCACAGAAGCCCCCCCUGGAUGCUCACAGCAUGCAGUCCAUGAGCGUGCUGCUGGACCGCCUGGCCAAGGAGAACCAGGACAUCCGUCUAAUGCAAGCUGAGCUGCAGGCCCACAAGGAAGAGCUGCAGGCGCUGCUGCAACAAAGCGAAGGUGCAGCAGCAGCAGCCGGGGCUCAGCAGCAGAGUCUGGCCAAGGAGAACGCCGAGCUCCGUGCAGCGCUGCAGCGUGAGGCCGAGGCACUGCGGGCUGCACGUGCUGACCUGCAACGCCUGCAGGCCCGGGGGGGUCCCAUUGACCCCCAGACCCAUAAGGAGCAGCCCCACGGUCCCAGUGCUGCAGUGCAUGGGGAGGGGGCCCGGCAACAUGGGAUGUUGGCAUCAGUGAGGCAUGAGCUGGCAGCUGCCCUGCAGAGGGCACGGGGUGCAGGGGGGCUGGAGGGGGUGAUGGAGGAACUGAAGGUGCUGGAGGAGCGUCUGAACCGGGAGCUGGGGGGGGCUGAGGGGGCUGAGGGGCAUUGGAAAAAGGGGUUCAAGGCAGAAAAGAAGGACAGGGGGUGGCACAAGAGGGAUGGCCACCGUGAGCGGGGCAAAGCUCAUGGGCAUGGCAAGGAACCCUAUGGCAAAGAGCCCUACAGAAAGGAGCCCUAUAGCAAGGAGCCCCAUGGCAAAGAGCCCUACAGCAAGGAGCCCUAUAGCAAGGAGCCCCAUGGCAAGGAGCCCCAUGGCAAGGAGCCCUACAAGGAGCCCUAUAGCAAGGAGCCCCAUGGCAAGGAGCACCGGCCCCAUAGGGAGCACAGAGAGGGCAAAGCUGGGGGGAAAUGGCCCCGUAGCCCCCGGGAGCUGCCCCCCCUCAGCCAUCCCCGUCCCCCCCACGGCUGCUCAGGGGUGACCGACUGUGCCCACAAAGAGGGUCGCGAGGCAUUGGGGGCUGCACUGGAGCCUGUAAAGAAGACGCAGUUCCUGCAGCUCCUGGAGGGUUUCAUGGGGCGGUUGGGCUGGGGGGGGCACUUUGGGGGGGUGGCAGAGAGGUUGGAUGGUGCCUUUGGGGCCGAUGGGGUUUUUGCCCACGACCGGCGGCGCUUCGUGGACUUUGUGGAGGAGGUGGAGGAGAUGCUGGAGGACGUGGCGCGGCGUGAGCGCAGCGAUGAGGAGGCGGCCGAUGGCUUCGAGGAGUUCGUGCUGCGGCAUUAUGCUGGGUGAGUGGGGGGGGGAAAGGAGGGGACC